GGAAAAGAUUAUUAUUGGUGGAAUUCCAAUACGUAUUUCUCCAGAAGGACUUCGUGAAUAUGCAUUUCUGAUAAAAAUGUCCUUUCUCCCAUCUGGGUUUUGUUUAUUACGCAAGAAAAACCCUUCCAGGCUGACCUUCUUCUCUCUGCCCUUGAAACUCAGGACAAAUUGCAGAAAUUUCUGUUCUAGUUUUGGAAGAGGUGAACCCACCUCUCAAGAAAUAUACGCUGCGGAGAGAUUUGUUUCUUUGCUGGAAAGGAGUCCGGAUAUCGAAUCUCUUAGGAGGAUUCAUGCUCGCAUUCUUGUUUGUGGGCUGGGAAGUAGCAUUUUCCUAGCCUCCAAACUGCUGAAUUGCUAUUCGAGUUUCGGCAUCUUAACAGAUUCAAAACGGAUAUUCGAUAAAAUCAUUAACAAAAAUCUGUCUCUCUGGAAUUCAGUCGUCACUGGGUACUUCAGAGCUGGCCAUUUCGGCGAAGUUUUGCGGCUGUAUUCGGAUUUGAAGCAUAGAAAAGUUGGUAUAGAUAGUUCUGCAAUUACAUUUGGUUUGAAGAGUUGUGUCGAGCUCGGGGCUGUUGAAUUUGGAAGAGGAAUUCAUGUAGAUGCUCACAAGUUUAUGCUAAAUAGCGAUAGAUUCGUGGGCUCGUCACUUAUUGUGUUGUAUUCCAAAUGUGGGUUUAUUGAUGAUGCACGGCAAGCAUUCGAGGAAAUUUCUGAGAGAGACGUCGUUGCUUAUACAGCAAUGAUCACUGGUUAUUCACAAAUAGCUGAUCAACGUGCUUUCGAGGCUUUUAGAAUUGUCUGUUAUAUGCGAGGAGAAGAUGUGAGUCCUAACCGGGUGACCUUAGUGAGCUUGCUUCAGGCAUCAGCACGAUUAGGAGCACUCGAAGAGGGUAAAUCCGUCCAUUGUUACGCAAUUAGAAGAGGGAUUGAUCUUUCUGAUGAAAUUUUUGAGACGAGUCUUGUCGACAUGUACAUCAAAUGCGUCGCUCCUAACAUUGCAGCAUCCAUUUUUAUCAGAGCAAAGUCCAGAAGUGUUGCUUUGUGGAAUGUUAUGAUUGGGAGCCUUGUCCAAAGCAGGCAGUCAUUUGAAGCUUUGGACCUUUUCUAUGCCAUGAAGGAAGAUAACCUUGAACCAGACUCUAUCACUGCAACAAAUUUGCUUUUGGGUUGUGCAGAAUUGAAGCUCCUCCACCAGGGAAUGAGCAUCCAUGGUCACAUGAUUAGAAUGCACAUCCAUCUUGAUGUAGUCUUGAUCACUGCUUUGAUUGAUAUGUAUUCUAAAUGCAAUAGAAUCGAUGAGGCCCGACAAUUGUUUGAUAGUAUGAACUCAAGGGACGUUAUCAUGUUUAAUGUAAUGAUAUCUGGUUAUCACCAAAGUGGGUUAGCUAACGAGGCCAUUGAAAUGUUCAUUCAGAUGAUUGAAGCAGGUGUCCGACCAAACCCUAUAACAAUGCUUAGCAUUCUCUCUGCAUGUUCUGAUCUUGUAGAUAUAAGAAAAGGCAGGUGGAUACAUGGUUACAUUGUGAGAUAUGGGCUUGAAACUGAAGUUGAAGUUGCAAAUCAGAUCCUACAUAUGUAUGCAAAAUGCGGGCACAUUGAAAAUGCUAGGCAGGUGUUUGACAGAAUAACGAACAAAGAUUUGGUGUCAUGGACAUCGAUGAUGAUGGGUUAUGUACAUCAUGGGCACACUGAUGAAGCUCUAACAUUGUUUCAGCUAAUGCGAGGAAUGGGAGAGGAGCCCGAUUCUGUCACUCUCUUGAGUUUGCUUCAGGCCUUUUCACAGCUAGGAUGUUUGAAACGAACGAAGGAAGUUCACGGGUUCGUGUAUCGAAUUUGCUUGGAGAGUGAUAUUCCUGUUAUUAAUUCUUUGGUAAUGACGUACGCAAAGUGUGGUAGGUUAGAUAUUGCCAAAGUUCUAUUUGACAACAAGACAGAGCGAGGCCGGACUUCAUGGAACACAAUGAUUGCUGCAUAUGGGAUGCAUGGGAAUUGCAUAGAAGCAUUGACUCUGUUUAACAGAAUGCAAGAACAGAAUAUUGAGCCUGAUGAGGUAACAUUUACUUCAGUACUCUCUGCUUGUAGCCAUGCUGGGUUUGUUGAGGAGGGUCAACAGGUCUUCCGUUCCAUGUAUGCUGAUCAUUUCAUCACUCCUAGUCAAGAACACUAUGCAUGCAUGGUUGAUUUAUUCGGUCGAGCAGGUCGACUGGAAGAAGCAUAUGAUCUUCUGAAGCAUUUGCCAUCUAGGGACUGUGGUAGUGCAUUGAGUUCUUUGCUCUCAGCUUGCAAAGUUCAUAGAAAUACUGAGUUGGCAGAGGUUAUUGGAAGGCAACUUCUAGAUGUAGAGCCCGAAAACUCAAGUGCUUACGCACUGGUGUCGAAUUUAUAUGCUGAGGCUGGUAAAUGGAGUGAUGUAUCAAGAAUAAGGGCAUUUGCAAAAGAGAAAGGCUUGAUGAAGAUUCCUGGGUAUAGUUUGAUAGAAUCUGAUAAGCAUGUAUGUGGGAUGUGAAUCUCUGGGUAAAGCAGCCACAAGAUCAGAAUCUAACUGUCCAUUUUCACGAUCACGAUUGUAGUUUGAGUCCCAUCUUGACAUUCAAAGCAAAUAGAUUACCAUUGUUACUAAACGCAGAGGUUGGUUCACCAAAGAAUAUUCUUUGUACAGAGCGUCGGUGGUAUAGUUCCUCCAUAUGUCAUAGGAGUUUAUUGGAGAUCGAGACGGAUGAUAUGAUCUGGCUGCUGAACCUUCUUUGGAGUUGUUUGCCUCCAAUGCUAGAGUGGGAUUCUUGAAUCUUGCCUGCGGAGAUAGGAGAAGUCUGGUUAACUUCUCCAUCCUAUCCCAUUAGGUGGCAAUUUGUUUGCAGAAAUCGAAUGCAUCGAAGGAGUUGACGGAUCUCAUUUGGUUGCAUGGGGCCUAGGUGCUUUCUUGGCUAGUAGGAAGAAAUAGGCUGCUCAUGGCAGAUUCAAGAACUUGUUGAAGCUAUUGUUUUUCCUAUAACCCACAGAGAGGUUUCAGAAAUUAGGAAUUUGUCCACCAAAAGGAGUACUUCUUUAUGGACACCCUGGAACUGGAAAAACCUUAAUGGCCUGAGCAUGUGCGGCACAAACAAAUGCUACUUUUCUGAAGUUUGCAGGCCUACAACUUGUUCAGGUUAUUAUUAAACAAUAGAGUAAUUCCUAGGAUUUUGUCCAAAUUCAUUCUUCUCUCUUUGGGCUUUCCCUGUUUCUUUGAGUUUUGUUUCUAGGCUGCGGUGGCACGGGAUCAGGAAUGAGCCUUCUUCAGCAGGUCUGAUGGAUCCAGUGUUUUAAAUAUUAACGAUAUCAUCCGAUAUAUCCUACAAUAUAUCUUGUAUCCUAUAUGUGUGAUAUGGAACAUAUAGGUAGUGCUGAUAUAUCUCAGCUAUUCAAUCUAGUGAGCAUUUUUUAUUUUUGAUCCAUGUUUUUGUUGUAAAUCACGUUAAACCAGUAUUAAAUGGUUACAAAUCUAUGAUUCUUCGUGUUUUCCAGAAAAAGCAUGGAUUUAGAACUUCAAUUUCGAGAUUUGGGGGAGAUGGGUCAAGUUACGGAAAAUUGAGAAAAAUCAAAAUUUCUCAAUUUCUCGCAAAUCGAUUGUAAUAUUUGUAUCCAAACACAAAAUUAAACAUGUAUGUAACUUGAUAUAGUGAUUCUUCUUUUGCUUUUGAA